AAAUCAUUGGCUCCUAAAAUUUCAAUUCCAACACCCAAACCCACCAAAUCUCUAAGCACCCUCACCACCCUUAACGUCCGUUACAGAAGACAAAAACAACCUUGUCUGCUUUUCCUUUGGUUACUUCAUAUAUAAGGGGACUGGUAAAUUUGCUCGGAUUUUUGUUUUCCUUUUUGAUCAAGGGAAAACGAAAAUCAUGGGUGGGAAUAAUCAGAUAAUUGAUGAAAGAGAAUACAUGUUGUUGAAGGACUUCGAAGCGGAAAUUGAAGCUGAAGAAGAAAAGGGUUUUACUCUUUGUUUCUGGGUUUAUGUUUUCAACUCCAAUGCAUUUCCUGCCACCAUUCUCAAACAGGUGUACGCAGAGACUAACAGCAAUGCUCCUUUACUUGUUCUUAAUGAAAAGACAAUGAUGUUUUUGCCAUUGACUUGCCUGCAAAAUGAAGCCCCUAGUCCUGGAAAUAUUGCUUUGCCAACCGAAGUUCCCAAAGUAUCUACAGAGAUUGAACACCCUCUGAACAAAUGGAUACAUGUCGGAUAUGAGGUUUCUACUGGCUUUGUACGGCUUCACAUUAAUGGGGAUAUUGCAGGAGAGCUGCAGCUCUCUUCCUUUUUAAACAAAGAUUCCAUGCCAAAUGGUUUGAAGAAGAGAACAUUAGUAUGUAUUAGUGGUGGUAAUGAUUUGCAGGGUUAUAUACACGAUGCAAAAGUCUUGCCUUCAACUUUGUCUAUAAAGGACCAAUAUGUUAAGGAUCCACCUCUAAGAUUGUCUAUUGAUGAGUCGUCUGCCUCUGAUAUUGAAGAAGACAAUGGCUUUUGGAAUAUUGUUGGUGGCAAGGCAUCUUGUCGCAGGAUUUUUUCCUUGGAUGUUGUUUUAUUAAAUGCCUUUGGCCAGCCAGUAAACAAGGAACUAGAGGUUGUUGCAUCACUUUUGUAUGCUCAUGAUCGAUCAUCAGUAGAGAAGACAAAUGAGGAAGAAGCUCCUCUUCUAGCUAGCUAUGAUGGAAUUGAAUUUGCCUCUUGUGAUCGACCUAGUAAACUAGUGAAAGGGCGGGCAUCCUUUAAGCUGAAGAUCUCCAAGCUCUCAUCCAAGUGUGAUAAUAGGCAGUUCUGCAUUAAAUUUGGGAUACCAAAGUUUGAGGGUUAUCAUUUCCUUGAGGACUUUUCCCCUUCAAUUCGUUGUAUCUCUCGCUAUCGUACUCCAAGGACAUCUACUAUUAUUUGGAAAAAAAUGUCUGCUGUUCAUCCAGUCAAUGGAUCUCAAUCAUUAGGCUUAGAUGAUGUUUCUUAUGAACUUAAGCACAAUACCGUACAUGAAGCAAAACUUAGUCCAACAUCAAAGCGGGUUAGGUUGGGAGAAGCAAAGAUUUCUACAACUGACCAACCUGGUGAAGAAUGCAACUCUCUUGCCUGGGCUGCCAAUCAGGUCGAGAAUGGUAUUGGGUCUAGUUUGGAGGGGAGACCUGAGAAUUUUGAAGAAGUGGACAAUUCCCUACUUGAUUCAGAGAGCACUGGGGCCAGAGAUUCAGCUUUAAAGAGCGUGUCAAGUAGGGGACAUUCAGUUUCAGAUUUGACAAUUUUUAGGUACUGCCUGGGAGGCUUGACUGAUAGGUCUGUUUUACUGAAGGAAAUUGCAACAACUACUUCAGAUGAAGAAAUUACAGGAUUUGCUGACCAGGUUGCCCUGUACUCGGGAUGUUCUCAUCAUAGGCAUCAAAUAAAAAUGUCAAAGAGAUUGAUAGAUGAUGGAACAAAAGCCUGGAAUUUGAUAUCACAAAACAACCUCCAAGUUCAAUGGGAGAGUGCAGUUUUCAAGAUUGAAGAGCAAUUCAUGAAGAUUGCUUGUUGCACUACUAGAUCUCUUACCCAACAGGACUUUGAGCUUCUGAGAAAAAUUGCCGGAUGCCAAGAUCACAUGGCCCAAGAAAACUUUGAGAAGUUGUGGUGUUGGUUAUACCCUGUAGCUUUUACAUUAUCUAGUGACUGGAUAAAUGAAAUGUGGAAUUCUACAUCACCAAAGUGGAUAGAAGGAUUUAUAACGAAGGAAGAAGCAGAACUCUCACUUCAAGGUCCAAGGGGCCUGCAAGAGCCUGGAACAUUUAUACUUAGGUUUCCUACUUCAAGGAGUUGGCCCCACCCAGAUGCUGGUAGCUUAGUUGUGACAUAUGUUAGCAGCGAUUACACUCUUCACCACAGGUUGCUUUCCCUUGAUAAUGUAAACAGCUCUGGAGCAAGGGAAAUGAAUGUCAAAGUAAAACCAUUGCAAGAUAUGCUAUUGGCAGAACCUGAGCUCUCUCGGUUAGGAAGGAUAAUAAGACACCAGUAACCAUUGUUCGGAUGAAGCAUUGCAUUUCUGCUUUUGGUUUGUCGUGACCAUUAGUAGGUUUUGCUGUCACUGCCAUGCUGCUAGUUCUUUCCCUCUUAGGUUGCUUCAGUCUCUCUGUUUUCCUCUUUGAUGUACUUAUGAAACUAUAUAUGUAAUAUCAGAAGCCAAGUAAGGGUCGUGUCCAUACUGUAAAUGCGGCAAUUUUCUGAUGAACGACUGGUUCAUUUACAUACAGAUGCCAAAUUGGUGAAGAGAAAUCGAUUUUGUGA